AUGAGUAAAAGAAGAAGGACGUCCUCAGUUGCCAGCAGAGGUGUAGAUGAAGAUGAAGAUUCCCAGCAGACCUCUGAGCCUGUAAGGAAGAAAAAAAAGUUAGAUCCAGCCGAACUUGUGCAGCAAUUGUAUGAUACCAUUAGAAACCAUAAAAAGGAUGAUGGCAGUUUACUGUGUGAUUCGUUUAUACGAGCUCCGAAGAGGAGGCAAGAGCCAGCUUACUAUGAGGUGGUGACUAAUCCUAUUGACUUAUUAAAAGUUCAACAGAAAUUGAAGACUGAUGAGUACGAAGAUAUGGAUGAUUUCACAUCUGAUAUUGAACUUCUUGUAAAUAAUACUAAAGCAUUUUAUAAGAGAACAACUCAAGAAUAUAAAGAUGCUUGUGAGCUGUGGGAACUUUUACAAACAACAAAAUCAAAACUAUUAGAAGAUUCAAAAGCUGCUGAGGAGGAAUCAAAAGGCAAAACUAUGUUAAAAUCUAAGAAGGAAAAGGAAUCUAAGGCUCAGGAGUCCAAGAAAAUGGAUGAUAGUGAAGAUACGUCUGAAGGUUCAAUUACUGAAGAAGAAUCCAAUAUGUGUGAAGAUCUGUUUACAGCUGUGAUGACGGGAACCUCUGAAGAUGGAAGAGCUUUGCAUACUGUUUUUCAAUUGCUUCCUUCCAAGAAGCGGUAUCCUAAGUAUUAUGAGGUGAUAGACAAUCCCAUCGACCUAAGAAUGAUAGCUAGAAAAAUUCAAUCAAGUAAAUAUUCUAAUUUGGGAGAAAUGGAAAAGGAUUUAAUACAAAUGACUAAAAAUGCCUGUACUUUCAAUGAACCCGGAUCACAAAUUUACAAAGAUGCCAAAGCGUUACGUAAACUUAUUCAUGCCAAAAAAAUAGAAAUAGAACAAGGGAAAUUUCAAUCCCCGAAUAAGGCUAGUGAAAGGAUUAGAAGUAAAAGAUUAAGGAGCGGCCAAUCUCUCUCAGCAGUGACCGCUGCUCUGAAGAGCGAAGAAGAGGACGAGGAGGAAGAAGAUGGAGGCAGUGUUAUAGAAGUUGAGGAGCCUGAUAACCCUUGUUGGCAGUUGUACGACUGUGUCAAAUCUACGACGGUUCAGGGGCAAGUACUUUCUGAAGCUUUUCUCAAGUUACCUUCGAGAAGGUACUAUCCAGAUUAUUAUAAAGAAAUCAGGAACCCUAUCUCAUUGGCCCAGAUUAGCAAAAAGCUCCAGAAAGGACAAUAUGGGACUGUCAGUGAAGUUGCUGGUGACAUGAACAUUAUGUUUGAAAAUGCCAAAAAGUACAACAGGCCUGAUUCAAAAUUAUACAAGGAUGCUUUAAAAUUACAGAAAAUAAUGCAAAAGAGGGUUCAAGAGCUUCUCGACUUUGACCAUCAAUAUUCAGCCAGUGAAGAUGAUUCAGUUGACGAAACACCUUCCAAAAAACCGCGAGCUUGCAAUUCUGGAAGUUCUACUCCUACGAGCACACCACAUCCCGUUCCUGUUAUGCCUACUUCUACCUCCACAACGAAUAGGCUUCUCACGAGGGGGAAGUACUUAGACAAUAUUCCGCUAAAAAAGCGUUUAUAUUCAUUGUGCAAGUGCCUUAUGCAGUAUAUUUGUGAAGAUGGUCGUCAACCGAUGCUGAUGUUUAUGGAAAAACCUUCGAAGAAACUUUAUCCAGAGUAUUAUAAAGUUAUAGAAAAGCCAAUAGAUAUGCUUACAAUAGAAGCAUAUAUUAGAGCAGAAAAAUAUCAGUCAGAAGAAGAAAUUCUUUCAGAUUUCAAGUUAAUGUUUCAAAAUUGCCGAAAAUUCAACGAAGAAGGAUCGAUGAUUUAUGAAGACGCUAUUAAAUUGGAAAAAAUAUUAAGAGAUAAAGUUAAAGAACUGGGACCUCUUAAUGAUUCAAAACCUAUCGAAAAGAAAGUACUGAGGGAACAUAAGGAUCAUCGAGAUCACAAGGAUAAGGAUAGUAAAAGUUCAAACUCUACCCCGAAGCCUAAAAAGGUAAAUAAAAGUGUUGACAGCGUUACGCUGCACAAGAUGAGAACUUUAUUCCAUACGAUAAGGGAUUUCAAGGACCAAAAAGGGAGGCAGCUGUCCCAGAUAUUCAUCAAGCUCCCAUCGAAAGUUGAAUAUCCUGAUUAUUACGAAGUGAUCAAGAAACCAAUCAAUUUGGAACAGAUUUCUCAAAAAUUAAAAUCUAGUUCCUACGACGGCUUAGACGAUCUUUGUAGUGACCUUAUAUUGAUGUUCGAUAAUGCUUGUAAAUAUAACGAACCUGACUCACAGAUAUACAAGGAUGCGUUGACUUUACAAAAAGUCGUGAUGCAGACUAAGCUUCAACUUCGCCAAGACGAGCAAAGUGUACCUGAUGUCCAGGCAGCCGUGCAAGAGCUCCUCAUGUCCCUCUUCAUUUCUGUCUAUAAUCAUCAAGAUGAAGAGGGCCGUUGUUUUUCAGAUUCCAUGCAAGAACUUCCUGAGCAUGAUGAAGUUGAUGGAAAAAAAGUGCGUGCGUUAUCUCUGGAUUUGAUAAAGAGACGCUUGGACGGUGGGCAGUACAAGAGGCUGGACCAGUUUCAGGAGGAUAUCUUCUCCUGCCUUCAAAGGGGGAGGGCAUUGUCUCGGAGUGACUCCCAGGUCUUUGAAGAUUCAGUUGAACUUCAGUCUUAUUUCAUCAGGCAGAGAGAUGAAUUGUGUCGCAAUGGUGACCUUCUCCACUCUCCUGCUUUAAAUUAUACUCUUCUUGACCUUUCCAAUGCAGUUAAUGCAGAAAGGCAAUUGAAGCAGGCUCAGGAACCUGAAGAGGAAGAUGUGAAGCCAAUUUUCAUUAAGGAAGAGCCAGGAGUGGCCGGUACUGCUGACAAUGCUCUUUCCUACAAUCAGCAAGUUUACCGAAUAGGCGAUUUUGUCUACGCCGAAGGGAAGGAACGUGGGAUGGAUCCUAUCAUCCUUAAUAUCCAAAGACUUUGGACAAAUCAAGAAGGGCAGCAAAUGCUCUAUGGUAAUCAGUAUUACAGACCAAACGAAACUUACCACGUAACAACGAGGAAGUUUUUGGAAAAGGAGGUGUUCAAAACUGAUCAAAAUGUGGCUAUACCUUUGAAUCAAGUGUUGGGAAGGUGCUGUGUUCUUUCUGUGAAAGAUUACUUCAGGUCAAAACCAGAAGGUGUCAGUGAAAAAGAUAUUUAUGUCUGCGAAUCACGCUACUCUUCGAGGCAGAGGGCCUUCAAAAAAAUUAAGAAUUGGCCCCCGAGCUUGAUGACUGGCUACAAGCUGGUAUCGAGGGAUGAGCCACUGGAACCCAAGCGUGUUGUCUCAGUAUUCAGGCAAAGGGUAGAAAAGCAUAAAGAAGAAAUUGCAGAAUUAGAAGAACAAGAAAAACUUGAAGAAAAACAAAAACCUAAUGUCUCAAUUGGGACAGCCAACGAGGAAGGUAUUACAUAUUUUGAACAGUUCAAUGCGCCAAAUUGUGUCAUCAAAACAGGUGAUUGCGUUUACAUGAAGUCAGAAUCUGUUCGUCCGUUGAUGGCACAAGUUGAUACUAUAUGGACGAACAAGGAAGGCGAAGCACUCUUCAAAGGACCAUGGGUGGUUAUACCAUCGGAAAUUCCGUAUUCACCCAACCGUCUUUUUUAUAAACAAGAAGUCUUCAUCAGUACAUUAGAAGAUACACAUUCCGUUAAUAAUAUCGUCUCUAAAUGCAUUGUUUUAGAACAUAGUGAACAUAUAUCCUGUCGGCCAACUGAAUUCUCUGAAAGUGAUGUUUACAUUUGUGAAAGUAUUUAUGACGAAGUGAAAAGAACUAUUAGGGAGCUGCCUAGGGAGGGCUUGAAGAAAUACACUCAUUCCAGUGCCGUCACUCAGGACGAAAUCUACUUCUUUAGGAAACUGAUUACUCCUCAAAAGGUAUCGGCUGAAGCACUCCAUUCCUCAAGUAAUGUUGUAAACACACCGGGCAACCCUAUGCCUUCAGCUACUCCGUAUAAUCAAUACGAGAAUUCGGUGGAUUCCGACGUUCUGAUGGAGGACUCGAUGGAUGCACCCCCUUCAGUCGGAUCUGGUGAUAUUCCUCACUCGGUGAUUAGUACACCAUUAGCCACUAAAAAGGGGAAAGGAACAGGUAAAAAACUAGUUACAGGUUACGUUUUAUAUUCUGGAGAUGUGAGAAAAGCUAUCGCAGCAAGCAAUCCAGAUUGCAACUUUGGUGAAGUGAGUCGUAUCGUCGGGAAUGAGUGGCGAAAGCUGGGGGCUAGUGAAAAAGCUGCUUGGGAAGAGAGAGCAGCUAGAAUCAAUGAAGAGACAAUGAGUAAAGGGGCCGCAGAAGACCCAGCUUCACCCGCGCCACCUCCUCAGUUGGAAACUGUUUUCGAGUGUCAGUGGGAGAAUUGUGAUUGGCAGUUCGAAGAUUUGUCGGAUGCGAUAGACCAUGCUGUUGGCGAUACUACAGGGCAUAUUUUUCAGUAUUUUGCAACAUUGCAAGCAUCCAUACCUACCCCACAAGAUAUUGAAUAUCAGUGUCAAUGGAGGGGAUGCACUCGCACACGUAAGACCAUUCCACCUUUUCCCAGUGUUCAAAGGCUCGCACGCCAUGUAAGAGAAGUUCACCUUCUCAAGAGCACUGGUAGGACUAUCAAUGUAGAACAGAGGAGCAAGAACUUUGUAGCGAAAGUGAAGCCCCCUCCGCCCCCGGUCAACACAUCUCUAUCUGACGCAAUUACCGGCACUAUAUGCCAUCCCGAAAGGCAGCGAUGAAGGUGGUAUCAGCUAGCCCGAUGCCCGGUGUCACAUUGCAUGUUUCUUCUGCUGUCACUGGAUUAUCUGUUAACCAUACCAGGAGCACACCUUCCCCACUCUCACAAAAUGGAGGGUCGAUAACUGGAACAAAUGGCAGGAUUUCUGAGCCUUUGUUCGUCACUGUUCCUCCAAGGACUCAGCGUCUUCUCCAUUCUGAAGCGUAUAUCAAGUAUAUUGAAGGAUUGACUCCAGACAACCGAAAUAUUAGUAACUGGGAAAAACAACUGAGGGCAAGCGAGUCAGCUAUCGAACCUGCGGACGCAAGCAGGCUGCCUAUUCAUUGGCUUAAUAACAGAAAUGGAAACCAUGGAAAUAUUUUGAAUGCACUGUGGACAUUACGUGAUUUUAUGUUUAGGGACGCACUAGGAAUAUCUAAACAUUUAUAA